AUGACAACAUGUGGCUUCUGUGCAGUGGCUUCACAAUACCAUCAUCUGGUUUUAUUACACGUUUCAUUACAAUUAGACCUUUUUUUUUUUUCUUGGGUAAAGCCCCUUUUCAACAUAUGGCGCCUCCCCAAUAUAAAACGCUUAUUUGAACCGCAGUGUUUUAGCGAGACAAUUCCAUAAGGAGUAGAAACAGUGGCAACCAGGCUAGGGGUGUUGAAGAACGCCCAGGAGAGGAGGGUCUAGGUUCAGGGUUCUUCAAUUCCGGUCCUGGAGGGCCGAAACACUUCUGUUUUUUUUAUUUCUACCUGGUAGUUAAUUGCACUCACCUGGUGUCCCAGGUCUGAAUUAGCCCCUGAUUUAGAAGGAGAGGAUGGGAAAACAGAGGUGUUUCGGCCCCCUCCAGGGACCGAAAUUGAAGAACCCUGGUCUAGGCUUUUUGACCUUUUUUUUUUUAUAUAGUGAGUUUGGGUCUUUGACGGCACAGGUGUAAUAUGUCUUGUGUUCCUCUCCAGGUGAGUCGGAGGAGUUCCUGAUGAAGCUGAUUAACCGUCCAAUCAUAGUCCUCCGUGGGGAACACGGCUUCAUCGGGUGUCGUAAGGUCACAGGGACCCUGGACUCUAACCGUUCCUCCUACGACUACUUUACCCUGACCUUCAGAGAGGGGGCCUACAGCUUACAGGGUUAGUACACUACUUUACCCUGACCUUCAGAGAGGGGGCCUACAGCUUACAGGGUUAGUACACUACUUUACCCCUGACCUUCAGAGAGGGGGCCUACAGCUUACAGGGUUAGUACACUACUUUACCCUGACCUUCAGAGAGGGGGCCUACAGCUUACAGGGUUAGUACACUACUUUACCCUGACCUUCAGAGAGGGGGCCUACAGCUUACAGGGUUAGUACACUACUUUACCCUGACCUUCAGAGAGGGGGGCCUACAGCUUACAGGGUUAGUACACUACUUUACCCUGACCUUCAGAGAGGGGGCCUACCGCUUACAGGGUUAGUACACUACUUUACCCUGACCUUCAGAGAGGGGGCCUACAGCUUACAGGGUUAGUACACUACUUUACCCUGACCUUCAGAGAGGGGGGGCCUACAGCUUACAGGGUUAGUACACUACUUUACCCUGACCUUCAGAGAGGGGGCCUACAGCUUACAGGGUUAGUACACUACUUUACCCUGACCUUCAGAGAGGGGGCCUACAGCUUACAGGGUUAGUACACUACUUUACCCUGACCUUCAGAGAGGGGGCCUACAGCUUCACAGGGUUAGUACACUACUUACCCUGACCUUCAGAGAGGGGGGGCCUACAGCUUACAGGGUUAGUACACUACUUUACCCUGACCUUCAGAGAGGGGGGCCUACAGCUUCCAGGGUUAGUACACUACUUUACCCUGACCUUCAGAGAGGGGGCCUACAGCUUACAGGGUUAGCACACUACUUUACCCUGACCUUCAGAGAGGGGGCCUACAGCUUACAGGGUUAGUAAACACACACACACACACACACACACACACACACACACACCGACUACUUUACCCUGACCUUCAGGGUCAAUAAAGACAUACAUGGACGCACACAGGCUUUGCCUGAGACCUUCAGAGAUUGCCAUUGGCUUCCCAAACUAAUGUGUAUAGACCUAACACAGACCAAAUAAUGGGAUUGUAUGUUUGGACCACCAGUUCUGAGCAGUUAGACUGGCCUUUCCAGAGGAUGGUGUCGAGUCUGACAGCUCAGAUGAACUAGAGGGAGGGGCGUCACCGUGACAACAGCUUAUUGCUUAUGGUCCCACUUUAUUUAGACAGUCCAGAUAGUACCCUGGAGACACAGAUUAAGACUAGUCCUGGAUUAGGGUUAGGAUAAGGGUUAGUCCAGAUAGUACCCUGGAGACACAGAUUAAGACUAGUCCUGGUUAGGGUUAGUCCAUAGUACCUGAGACACAUUAAGAUGUCCUGUUAGGGUUAGUCAAUGUACCUGAACCAAUUAAGACUAGUCUGGCUUAGGGUAGGGUUAGUCAGAUAGACCUGAGCAGAUUAGAUAGUCCUGGUUAGGGUUAGUCCAGAUAGUACCUGGAGCACAAUUAGCAGGAUAGGGUUAGGGUAGUCAGAUAGGGAGAACAGGUUAAGACUAGUUGGUUAGGGUUAGUCCGAUAUACCCUGGACACGUUAAGACUAGGUCCUGGAUAGGGUUAGGGUUAGUCAGAUAGAAGGGCACAGUUAAGGAUAGUCUGGUUAGGGUUAGGGUAAGGGUUAGUCCAGAUAGAACCCUGGAGAUGCUCUACAGAUGGUCAUACUGUCAACAAACUAUCUGCUUGGUUAAGGUUAGGGUUAGGAUUAGGGUUAAGGUUAGGGUUAGGAUAAGGGUUAGUAGGGUUAGGAUAAGGGUUAGGUUAGGAUAAGGGUUAGGGUUAGGAUAAGGGUUAGGGUUAGGGUUAGGAUAAGGGUUAGGGUAAGGGUUACAUUUAGGGUUAGGGUUAGGAUAAGGGUUAGUAGAUACAUUGAAAUGUUUCUGAUAGUCCAUCUGUAGAUGCUCCACAGACUAUCCAAAUAAGGUGUUACCUUGCUUAUUAAAGAUUCCAAAGGGCCUGUUUCCAGGACACAGAUUAAGACACUAGUCCUGCAUUAUAAAGCAUGUUUCCAGGACACAGAUUAAGACUAGUCCUGGAUUAUAAAGCAUGUUUCCAGGACACAGAUUAACAACUAGUCCUGGAUUAUAAAGCAUUUUUCCAGGACACAGAUUAAGACUACUCCUGGAUCAUAAAACCCUUCCACUGAACAUGCUUCUUAAUCCAGGACUAUUCAUAUAAUCUGUUUCCAGGAAACCACCCCUUAAAUGUAAAAAAAAAUAUUUUACUAAUUUGGAUUUUGGACAUAUCAACAUGGUUGUAAACUGUCCCCUCUCUUUAGACUCGACUGGGAAGUUCUGGAUGGUGGGCAGCGAGGCGUCGGUGGUGAGCAGCAGUGACGCCCCCGUCGACUUCCUGUUAGAGUUCUGCGACUACAACAAGGUCGCUAUCCGCUCCGUCGCCGAGGGGAAGUAUCUCCACGGCGACCACGCUGGUGUCUUGAAGGCCAACGCCGACAACCUGGAGACCGCCACGCUCUGGGAGUACUGA